AAACCGACACAUCUAACGAUACUGGAACAGAAUCCCUCACAUGGAUCUCGUGGUUCUGUGGUCUCCCUGGCCACGAAUACUUUGCCGAAGUCGCUGAAGAUUUCAUUGAGGAUGAUUUUAAUUUAACUGGCUUGAAUUCAAUGGUUCCUUUUUAUAAGGAAGCACUUGAAAUGAUCUUGGAUGUUGAAUCCGGUAAGCACAGCCAGUAUCCAGAUUUGCUUCAAAAUACUCCAACAGAAAUUUAUGAGCCAAAGAUCUUUGGAUUUAAAGUCAAUGAAAAAAGUCGUAGCGGUCCUAGAAUGCAAUGGUUAAGGAUGCGGCCAAGUGUAACAGAAAGAGAAGUUGAAAUUCAUGAACAAUCAGAUGGUGGUGGAGAGAAUGAUGAUGGCGAGGAUGAUGAAUCCUUAUUGGGGCCAGGUGGCGGAGAAAAUAACGGUGCAUCAGGAACUACUAAAGAUGCAAAACGGUUCGGCUAA